GAAGCGAGAUUGAACAAGAUUGAAAUAUAGGUUGACAUGCAUCUCGGGUGGGUAUAAUCGGUACAUUUGAUUAAUGUCAAGCUACAGCAAAAAACAGUUUUCAAAUUUAAUUUCCGGAUAAGAGUUGAAAAAGUCGAAGGAAACUUCACAAAUGAAAUGCAUCAUUUAUUUACUAUGGGAUGUCACGAUAAUUCCACCAUGCAAUUAAAUUUUAAAGGUAACUCGACAGAACCUUCUGCCGAAACCAAAAUCCCGCAGCCCGUACUUUCUGCAAAUGGUGAAAGUUUAAUCUCAAGUCCUCGAAAAUAUAAUAUCAGCUCUUUGCGAAUUCCUGCUGAUCCGUCGUGGCCGAAAAUCCCGCAACGAAAAUUUGCCGAUAAGGUGGGCGACAUCAUCGACCAACCAUGCGUUGUCACAGUAACGGGAACUCCUAGAAGGAGUCGUACGAUUGUGAGAACACCAACUUCUCAAACUAUGAGAGGAACCACUUCUGGGGAAACUGUAGAUUCGAGUCAUUAUGGUUCUAGUAAUAUUCCUUAUUCUCAGCCUGUGACACAACCCCUGAAAAGAAGACCUGGAUGCAUUGAUCCACGUUUUAAGAGGGUCACAACUGUUAAAAGUCAGAUGACGUCAACUGAACCGCAAGAACACGAACAUGAAACUCCGACUGAAACAAGUCGUUCUGCACACGUCAUUCCCAAUCAAACCAAAUCUACCACUGAAAAAGUACAACAUCCGGUACCAGAAAAGGAUACCAACCUUAAAAACGUAACUCAAGAAGAAGCCGAGAAACUUAACGAAGUUCAAUGCACAGAAGGUACUGGAAUUCAAGCAUUGGUUAGAGACGAAGACAAAGAAUUAGAAAAACAAAAGACUGAUUUUAGAACUUCCGAAAAUUGUGCUAAGCAAAGCGAUAAGGACCAAGUUCAAAAUUUUACUCAAGAAGUUAUCGAAUCCCGAAAUUGCGAUCUACUUUGCAAUGAUAGCAACUUAUCAGAAAAAUGCAAUUUUUUGGGAAAUUCAGAAGACAUAUCCGGAGGUACAAGAAUGAACAAAAUUUCACAGUCUCAGUAUUGUAAAAUUAUAUCUUCAAACUCAGAAGCUUGUAAAAAAGGCGAAACGAAAUCGAACAAGAUAAUUUCCAACGAUAAUCAAUGCCAAACUUCUGAAAAGGAUGUGUCACCCCACAAAGACAUAUCGACUGAUUCGCAGGAAAAAUUGUAUGGAAGAGAUGAAAAAUUAUCUGAGAAAAAUGUUGAAUUUUACUCCUUUGAUAAAAGAGAAAAUUUCAAAGCGAGGAAAAUAUCUCCCAAACAUGAAAUCAAUCAUUUCAAAUGUUCAGAGAGGUGUAGAACCUUCAUGAAUUCAAAAGCAGAAAAUUCAGAAUGUCUAAUACAAUCAGACGAGGAUUCAAUAUCAUUAUCAGAAGACGAAAUUUAUAGAAAUAGGUGUAAAGAACAUAACAUCGCUGAUGAUAAGGAAAGUUAUAUGCCUGCAACAACCGAUUCGGAAUAUGGUGAAAAGGAUCUUCUGUCAAGAAGAAAAAAAAAGCCCUUCGAUUAUUAUAAUUGUGCUGGCGAUGACAGUACUUUUUCAGCUAAGGACUACCAACAAAUGAAGUUUUUCCAAACUCACGCUGAAUGUUUUCACAACUCUUCCAAAAAAAUCGAAUCCUCAGAGAAUGAAGAGAAAAGUGGGAGGGAAAAAAAUGAAAGAGAAAAGAAAGAAAGAGACAUUAAAUUUAAAGAGAAAAUGAGAUCUCAACAAGAUUUAUCCCAUUUGAAUGGUAGAAAAUUUUCUCAAAUUUCGGAACCUCAUAUUAAUAUCAAGCAGAGAAGAUGCUCGACCUCUUAUUCAAAAAAUAAACUUGGAUACUCUGAAGAAAAAACAGAUGUCACAGAUUCAGAAUUUACAUUCCUCUGGCCAGAAAGACAGCGCGUGAGAAGAAAAUCAAGCCACGGAUAUUCUCAGAAACUUAUGCAGGAAAAAAGAAAUAGAUCCUGUGAUUCAGGAAGGAUCGAUAAUUCGGAAAAAAUAGAGGCUGUAGAAAAUGAUUCCGAGUCUAAAAAAAAAAGCCGAGUCAAUGUUCCACAUCCAACGGAUCUUGCGGAGCCGAAAAGGAGCUCUUGUAAAAAAUUGUAUCAAGCACCGCCUCAGGAUUUGAAUCCUGUAGCGGUAGAGAUAAUGAAAAAUCAAAACAUCCAAAUUAUUUCUCCUCGAGCUGAUACUGAUAUUACAACUAGUAAGCCAAAGACCAUUCCAGUUAAAACUCAACAGCUCUUGAGCAAGAGUUACUGGGAAUAUUACAAUAAAUUGAAACAGGUCUGUAACGAAGGGGAAGAUCCGCAGAAACAAUAUUUUUGUCAAGUGGCUAUGGGGGCACCGCAGAUUAAAAAGAAGAGAGGAGAUGUGAAACAUUAUGAGGAUCAGUCAGAAUUGAGUCGUCCUGAAAUGAGAACUUUGGAACGCUGUUCUGUUUUAUCGAGUAUGAUUAAUAAAACCUUGGAUUCAACGCCUCAAGAAUCGAUGGAUACUUUGCAUACGGAUCAAAUUUUUUUAAACACAAAUAUGAAAUCCUUUUCUGAUCCAACUGCUGAAACACCUAGUGUUGUGAUUAAUCAAGCUCAAUCGGGAAAUCCGCUGGAUGUCCAUGAAGGUUCUAGUAUUUCUUCCAAGUCGGUAGACACACGGACAGAUACACAAGUGGAUAAUGGAGUUAUCAAACUUAAAACGAUUUUCUUCUUUGGAAUCCUCAUGUACGCAAUCAUUGUUUUCCUACCAAUGAUGUACGAUUACUUUUUCUAUGUUGAAUACGAUGAAUAUGAAGAUUUGACGUACAUUGAGAUAGCUUUGGAUUACAUAGUUUCCUCUUUCCGAGAAGCUUUCAACGGAGUUUUUGACGUGAUAAAUAAAAUCAUAUUUCUUCCACUCUUUGUAAUUUUCAGAGCACCUGCAGGAAAUGUAACAGCUUUGCUUGAAUUUGCACUCUCAAUCAUCAUGUCCUUUCGUUCGUAAUAAUAGCAUCCUCGAUUUUUUAGCCCUUAUACUUGAUAUACUCGAUCUUUUUAUGCUUGACGCAGAUUUAUUGUUGUUGUUAUUUGCAAAAUAUUUGUACACGUGCUUGUGAUUAAACAUUUUAUUUAACAGAUAUUUAUAGCGUCUUUAUUCAUUAUGU